CUGUGGUCCAUAUGAUUUGAUUCAUUUAUAAACCCUGAUUAACCUGGUCGUGAAACCUCUAAAGCUAUGAGAGUAAUAGCAGAAGGAUGUAAUUAUUUCCUGCCUUAAUGAAGAUGCAGAGAAUAAGUGAAAGUCAGUUUUGUGUAACAGCAGGAUCUUGGCUCUCCUCGGCCUGGUGUCGGAUUUGUUAUGGAUUGUUCUGCAUGGCCUUGAGAUCAGGGAGCACGUGUCGAGCGUCAGGAGUGUGCGCGCUUUUGCUCUCAGCGCAGAUCAGCACUUCAUUAGGAGCACUAGACCGGUCCGAAUGUGAUCCAGCGCCUCUCGUGUCACGCCUUAGUGUAGUUUGUGUCCUUUCUUCUAGUUGCAUCUUCUCCUCGGAUCGCUAUGGCGUGGCCGUGCAUCACUCGGGUGUGCUGUCUGGCGCAGUUCUGGAACCAGUUUGACAAAUCAGACCUGUCCGUCCCACUGACCAUCCAGAACUACUCGGAAAUCACCGACAAGGAGAUCCGCUCGGUAACGGGAAACGUUCCCGAUGAGCGAGCGCAGAAGCGCGAUCGCACCACGCCGGACCACGGCGACUCUCCCGCGGCACAGGAAGCCGGAGGCAACCGCGUGAGUCGCAGGCGCGCGGAGCCGAGUUACACAACGCGCGAGGACGCGCCGUUCCCCAGCGUGACCCAGUACAAACAGGACUUUAAACCGUGGCCCAUUCCGAAAAAGGACAACUUUCCGUGGAUUAGUAACGGCGCCGUGGAAAAAAACAGCGCGGUCAAGCAGCACCAUGCGCGUGCAGAGGCAGAAGAGCGCGCGGGCACAAGGAGACACGCGCUGAGUGAAGCGGCUAAGACGAGCUCUUACAGAGAGGAGUACAGACCAUGGGCAGGGGUGCUGCCCUCUAAGCCCAUUCAGAAAAGGCCUACAUUCCUGGGAAUGGCAUCCAGUGAGCCUCCUCCUGAGACCAGCUACCAGGCUGCCUUCAGUACUGACGCGCACAGGCAUGCUGAUGUCAGUGUGCCGGACAUGACCGCACGUACACAGCCCAGCUUCGCAGACACGGCAGGCAAACCUGAGGUCAGUUCCAGACCAGAGGAGCAGCUGGUGAGGACGAAGUUGUCUCCCAACCCGUCCGCUGUGUUCCAGAGUGGAUCAAGAAUCUUCAACAUAUGACCCAGUGGACCAGUUAACCCAGAAAACAAAUAUGGAUUUAGGAUUUCAGUUUGAGACAAUGCGCACACGGCUCACUGAGCUUUUAGGGAACGUUUCAAAAGCUGCAGCAACGACCUUCAACAAGCUGAAUCGGCAAUGCUGCGAAAGUUUUAGCGAAAUUCAGAAUGAUACAGAUGGUGUAAUAAAACACCCUUGGCUAUUUGUCCAAACCAUUCCAUAGUGCUGCAUGGGUAGGAACAAUGGAGGAAUGUAGGGCUAAUUAUACUUGGCGUGAAAUCUAUGGAAAAGAACGAAUUUCUGAAAUUGAUACCUGUUCCAUGCAAGCCUCUAAUGUUUUGAUAUAUAUUAUUGGCAUCCUACAUCAAAACAAAAGAGAAAAUUACUAUUAAGGAAAACAAACAGUAUAUUUUGAGCUUAGGUAUACAAGCACAUUGCAUAGAUUGAUUUCAACCCUUUUGUGGAAAGCAGUGCUUCUAUUAUUUUCUACAAAAAGUGAUUUGAAAUCACAGCACAUGAUCAGCACAAUUAAUACUUAUUUAAUGAUUGCACUGGAGAGUCUCUCCCUGUAAUGUUCAACAAGGUUUUAGGCACUUGUGUGUAGAGGAUCAUGCUGCACUCCUCCACACUCCUUAUUAGAAUUAUGCACGUCAAAUUUGCUCUUCAAUUCGAACCACAGGUUUUCAUUAGGGUUCAAAUCCAGAGACCAAAACACUGAUUUGGUGGUUAAUUUUGUGUUUAACCAGUUUUAGGUUGCCUUUUGCUGAGGUCAGAAGCCCUAUCUAUGGCCUAGACAACAGCUCCUGGGAGAGGCAAACAGAUUUAAUGAUGAAAUAUGAUGUUCAGUGUUCACAAGAGCUGCUGAACUACAUGCCAUAAGACACUUCCUUAAACAUCAAUAAAUCAAGCACUAUAUUGUUUUUUAACGGGUUAAAACCUGCAUGCAAUUCCUUUGUGUCACUAAAAACAUGCUGAUGUUGUGCACAGCUAAAAGGUCUGAGGUUGGGCUCCUUUCAGUGAAACACAUUAUGGCAGUAAAUCUAAUGGCUCUAAAUGUCUGUAGGAAUUGACACUUUUUAUGGCCAUAAUUAUGCUUAGUUUUUAUAAAUGCUUAUGUAUUCUCUGUGUAUUUAUUUUUGCAGGUCAACAACAAUCUGUUACGUUUGUACUGAAAGUUCUUUAGGUUUUGCCAAUGGUAAUGGAGGACAAAGGAAUUUUUCAGCUGUUCCACUUAAAACCAUAUGUUUUCAAUUGCCAUGUCUGCAAUUACUAUUCCUGCAAUCAUUUUGGCACAUUAUUUUCCCCCAAAAGAAAAUAUUAUUUAUAUAGUUCUAGUGAGAAUCGUUUUUGAUAAAUAGUAUGAUCAUUAUUGUGUAAAAUCUUUUUUUGUGCUCAGUUUUAUUACGGGUGUCAAUAAUUCAAUUAGACACUAACAGGGAGACAGUGUGUGUGUGUGUAUGAAGGAAUUAAAUCAUGCUGAUCAUAUACUAAUGAAACACAUAUGCAUGUUUCAAAAAAUAUAAUUUUUUUUGUUUUUGUUUUAGGUGUUUGACUGCAGGCUGCUUUUUGGUGAGGUGUGUGUGUGUAUGUGGCAGUUAGGCUGGAAAGAACAUAAAAAAACGUCUUUUUGAAUAAAUAAGUUAAGCUUUA